AUGUCAAGUCCAGUUACUAUUCAUUUGAGAGCCGAAACCAAACCAUUGGAAGCUAGAGCAGCUUUAACUCCUUCAACCACCAAACAAUUAUUGGAUGCUGGUUUCAAAGUUUACGUUGAAAAAUCAUCCCAAUCUACUUUUUCAAGUGACGAAUAUGAAAAAGUUGGAGCCACCAUCGUUCCUGAAGGGUCCUGGAAAGAAGCACCAAAAGAUAGAAUCAUAUAUGGUUUGAAAGAAUUACCGGAAGAUGAAACUUUCCCAUUAAUCCAUGAACAUAUUCAAUUUGCUCACUGUUAUAAAAACCAAGCUGGAUGGCAACAGGUUUUGAAAAGAUUCCCAGAAGGAAACGGUGUCUUGUAUGAUUUAGAAUUCUUAGAAAACGAUCAAGGUAGAAGAGUUGCUGCCUUUGGGUUUUACGCUGGUUUUGCCGGUGCUGCAAUUGGUGUUUUAGAUUGGGCAUUCAAACAAACUCACUCUGAUCAAGAAAACUUGCCAGGGGUUGUUCCUUAUCCAAACGAAGAUGCUUUGGUUGCUCAUGUUAAAAAAGAAUUGGAUUCAGCAUUGGCACAAAAUGGUGGUCAAUAUCCUCAAGCUUUAGUCAUUGGUGCCUUAGGUAGAUGUGGAUCCGGUGCUAUUGACUUAUUCAAAAAAGUCGGUAUCCCUGAUGAUAAAUUAUUGAAAUGGGAUAUGAAAGAAACUGCCCCAGGUGGUCCAUUCAAAGAAAUCAUUGAAUCUGAUAUUUUCAUCAAUUGUAUAUAUUUAUCUAAGCCAAUUCCACCUUUUGUCAAUUAUGAAAGUUUGAAUACUUCUAACAGAAAAUUAAGAACUAUUGUUGAUGUUUCUGCUGAUACCACUAAUCCUCAUAACCCAAUUCCAGUUUAUGAUAUUGCUACUGUUUUCAAUGAACCAACUGUUCCAGUUAAAACUUCUGCUGGUCCUAAAUUAUCAGUUUGCUCAAUCGAUCAUUUACCUUCCUUAUUACCAAGAGAAGCUUCUGAAUUUUUUGCUAAAGAUUUAAUGCCUUCUUUAUUAGAAUUACCAAGAAGAGAUACUUCUCCUGUUUGGGUUAGAGCUAAACAAUUAUUUGACAGACAUGUCGCUAGAUUAAGCUCCUCCAAUCUUUAA